AAAGAGGUUUAGGUGUUUGGUUACUCUUUAAUGAUUAGCCUCAUGUUCAUACUCCCUCCCACCAAGUAAUAUUCUCUCUCUCUCCCUCCCUUCCUCUUUUUUCCAACCUUCUCUCUGUCAUUUCCAGGUUGCCACUUGGUCACUGCAGUCACUAUGCUCUCUCUCAGCUCUCUCCCCAGCAGCACGGUUCCCAGGCCCUGCCUCCCUUCUUCCCUCCAGGGUUGUGGGAGCGCCAGAGGUCCUAGGGCAGCAUGUUCCUCCAGCCCUGAGGGGGCACUGUUCCAAACUCUGCAGAAGGCUCUGAAGGAGAUUGACCUGCCCGGAACAUUAGACUUGCCACAGGGUGUGAGUCACUCUGAGCUGUGUGUUUGUGUUCUGGGCUCCCCCCUCCCCUACCUGUCUCUGCUGCUGGAGGCUGGACAAAGAAGUCCAGGAGACGCCCUGCUGUGUCUGUCUCCCUCCUGGCUCUCCCGUGCAUCCUCCUCCCUCCUGGUCCACAAGGCUGUCACCUUUGACCUCGGGGGACGCACCUUCCUCUCUAACUUCAACCCUCCGCGCAAGGUCACAUACUUCCUGUCAUGUGACCCAUGGGCGGAGGAGGAUAUGACCCGGGAAACGGACUGCCCGGCUGGAGGUUCGGGAACCCUGGGGAGGUGCUGGAGAGAUGUCCUGGUUACCAGGGUUCUGCUGCAGAAAGCCAACAUCAUGUGCCCACCUACCCUGGCCCUCCUGAUGCCCCCUGGGCAGAUGGGCAUAGAGGAGGGCAGAACGGGAGGGGUGGAGGUGGUACACCUGGAAAUGGGAGUGGAAGAGGUGAACUCUGUCAGGAACAAGGUGGAGUCCUUCCUGGAUUCUGACGGUUUCAUGCAGUCAGACAGGGUGGUCCUCCGAUGUAGCGGAGGCAGAUUUGCCUGUGAUGCAGAAGGUUCGGCUGCACCCCCUGUCUUCCUGUCUAGGAGCUCCAGGGAGGAAGUACUUGCCCGUGUUGGCCAGCUGCUACCCCAGCUGCUCCCUGGAGAGGCUGUGCUGCUGGAGGCCUGCAUCCCCCCCCUGAAGCCUGGGUUUCGAGUUGAGGGCCGCACCUGGGAGCAGUACACCGACUGCAGUCCCCAGGUCCCUGACCUGGUCUUCAGACUGUGUGCCAUCGUCACUCGGUCUCCUCAGGACGUACCUCUCCUCUACAAGUUGGUGUGCAAAGUGGGUGCGUCCGGCGCCCCUCUUUCUCACGGUCACUCCCUGUCUCAGUCUCUGGAGACCACCCUUUUGGAGUUCGGUUUUACCGACCCCGGCCUGGCCGUUUCUCUCCGUCGCAUAGCAACCGACAGCGCCCUGGCUUGCCUCCGAGUCGUGAUGGAAACUGAAUCGGGCAUGUCCCAACAGUGUCGCGGUGGGACAGGGGCUCAGACCGACAUGAUAGGAGUGGACAUUCUAUUCACCGUUAACGGCCCUUUCCUGAAGCCGGUGGUUCUGGGCCUCCACCCCACCCUCUGCCUCCAGUCCUCCUUCCCAGAGCUGGAGGGGUGCGGCAGAGGGACAGAGGGGUGCCAGGGCACCCUCCUCCUCACCCCCUUUACCCGCUCCCACGUGUACCUGAUGCAGGGCAGGACAGUGCUGGUGGUGGGGGCCGGAGCCCACAGUAAGAAGUUCAUCUGGGAGCAAGCCCAGCGCUACAAACUCAAGAUCCUGUUAGUUGACAACGACCCCACCCAUUUUGCCUCCCAAUUGGUCGAUCACUUCCUCAUCCUGCCGGACCUCCCAGACCAUCGUCGGGACGACCAGAACUGCACCCGCAUCUGUGAUUGGCUAACGUCCUCUGGGCUGCACCCCGAUGGUUGUGUGUGUUUCUGGGACGACUGCGUGGUCCUGACGGCGCUGGUCUGCGAAAGGCUCGGCCUCCGAGGCCCAACCCCCGAGGCCGUCCGCAUCGCCAAGGAGAAGAGCCUCACCCACCAGCACCUGAUGGGUCUGGUGAAGUCCAAGGGGGUCCAUCCAGCCCCGGAUGAGCUGCUGUCCGGCCAAGCGGAUGGUCUGGAGACAAGGGAGAGAGAGCGAGGACGCAGAGCGCUCCACGACAUGGUCAACAUGGAGGGGAACAGCAUGAGAGCCAUGGCCGACUUCGACAGGGGCGACCUCUUUCUGGACAAACCCGACAACGCUCACCCUCUCUUCCGCUCAUCCUGCCCCCCCGCCGCCUCCACGCAGUCCCACUCCGUUUCUCUCGGGCAAUCCCCUCUGCUUUUCUCUCCUUCCCCCAGCUCCUACGCCGUGCCCUGUGCUCACGUGGAAAGCGUCUUGGAUCUGGAGAAGGCCGCCCAGGGAGGGACCACCCGACCUGGGGAGGCCGAGCCAGGACCGGGGGCGGUCAGGUUCCCCGCCGUGCUGAAGUUGGAGUACGGAGCCGGGGCGGUGGGCGUAAGGAAGGUAAACUCCCUGGCGGAGAGCCUGGCUCACUUUGAGCGCAUCGCCGGGGACCUGCGGGAGGAGACGGACUAUCCCGGCAUCGGGCUGGGCUGGGGCAACGCCAUGACCCUGAUGGAGUACGUGGGAGGCACGGAGCACGACGUGGACGUGCUCCUGUUCAACGGCUGCCUGGAGGGGGCCUUCGUGUCCGACAACGGCCCCACCCGGGCGCCCCUCUUCACUGAAACGGCCGCCCAGAUGCCCUCGGGCCUGGCCCCGGACAAGUGCGCGCAGCUGAUCCGCGCGGCGCACCACGCCUGCCUGGGCUGCGGCCUGCGCGACGGGGUCUACAACGUGGAGCUGAAGAUGACGGAGCGCGGCCCGCGCCUCAUCGAGAUCAACGCCCGCAUGGGGGGCUUCUACCUCCGCGACUGGAUACGGCAGCUGUACGCCGUUGACAUCCUCCUCGCCUCCUUCAUGGUGGCCUGCGGCCUGCGCCCCAGGCUCCCCUCGGCCACGGGGCUCCCGGCUCGGGGCCACUACGCCGGGGUGAUGUGCGUGGUGUCCCAGCACCUCCAGGCGCUAAGAGGCACGGCCAGCCCCGAGCGCCUGCGCCGGCUCCACCAGGAGGGGGCGCUGUGCCUCAACGAGUUUGCGGCCGACGACGAGCUGAUCUCCGGCGAGUACGAGGAGCCGUUCUGUAAUGUCGGGGUGAGAGAUGACCACAGCGCCGCCCACGCUCGCCAACGUCUGCUGUCCCUGUGCCAGGGACUGGGGCUCCACUGCCCCCCCCACUACGACCUGGCCUACUUCCUCUCCCAGUUCAACUAAGGAGAGGGCGAACGGAGGUGGAAGCCAUGCUAGCGAAAGGAAGAGUGUAGUGCUGCAACUAACGAUUAUUUUUGUAAUCGAUUAAUCUGUCGAUUCUUUUUUCGAUUAAUAGAGGAAUCGGAUAAAAUUUAAAAAAAGAAGCUAUAAUUUCCAAACAAUUUAUAGCAAUUUAUUUGAGUUUUGUUUAAAACAUUUUUGAAAAUUGAAAGGUAUGGUCAAUAAUAUGGUGUAUAUGUAAGA